AGCGAUAUUGGGCGGACUUGUAGCGUUCCUACAGGUAGUCAACGCUGCCCCUCAGGGCGCGACGACUACGACAUCCCCUGCUUUCUCCCCAUCACCGGUGUCGGUCUCUACUGCUGUGGCUAGCCCGUCAGCACCGCUCAGCGCUACCUUGCCAUCGCAAGUAGCUUUGCCUCCCAAGCAGACAUGGUGCCCUAGUGAGAUCUUUUGUGCGGGUGAGCUUCUGCAAACUGUGAAUAUUGCGUGGCUCUACGCGGAUCCCAAAACGUUCGUGGACAAGCCGACGGUCAAGUCGUCCCAGCAAGUGCUCUCCGACUUUAGUUCCUUGAACGGGUCGAGCGUGACUGAGGGUGCCAUUGAGAACUUUGUGGACACCGACUUUGGUGGAGAAGGACUGGAGCUCGAGGCGCUCGCGCUGACUAACUUUAACGCGAACCCGGCUUUCCUGGAAAAUGUGACAGAUCCGCUACUGAAGGCGUGGUCGCAGACGGUGCAUGGUUACUGGACGCAGCUGAUUCGGGAAACGAAUAGUUCGGUGCUGUGCUCAGAGGGAACGACUAGUAGUGGAUGCGAGAGCUCGCUGAUCCCCUUGAACCAUACCUUUGUCGUUCCUGGUGGUCGGUUCAGAGAGCAAUACUAUUGGGAUAGCUUCUGGAUCGUGCAGGGUCUGAUCGAGUCCGAACUAUAUGACAUCGUCAACUCCACGCUGCAGAAUUUCAUGGAUGAAUUAGAGACGAUUGGAUUUAUUCCGAACGGAGGGCGGAUAUAUUACCUCAACCGGUCGCAGCCACCGCUCUUCAUUCAUAUGCUUUCCAGCUAUGUCACAGCGACAAACGACACCACGAUAUUAGAGCGUGCUCUGCCUUUAGCCGAACGCGAAUUGCAGUGGUGGCUGGAUAACCGCUCUGUGAAUGUCACAAGCCCUUACACGCAGCAAACCCAUACAAUGUAUCACUACGCCGUCAAGAACAGUGCUCCGCGGCCCGAAUCAUACCUCACGGAUUAUCUGACCGCUAAUGACCCUACGCUUGAGACCCCCCUCAAUGAGACUGAACGCGAUGCCCUGUAUGCCGAGCUGGCGAGCGGAGCAGAGACAGGUUGGGACUACUCGUCUCGAUGGACGGCCCAACCGUUUGCCGGAGGCUCCAACAAUACCAACCCCAUAUUGCGCUCGCUCAAUGUAAGGAAUACGGUACCAAUCUGCCUUAAUAGCAUACUCUACAAAGCGCACAGCCUCCUGGCGGAUCUCUACACCGCGUCCAACGGCACUGCAAAAUCCCUCGCGGACUCCCACCGAGCUGCUGCCACCGCCCUGAGGUCGGGCAUCCUUGACCUCCACUGGGACCCCUCGAAACUCGCCUUCUACGACUUCAACCUCACGUCCAGCUCGCGCAACGCCCUGUUUUCUGCCGCCACGUUCUACCCUCUAUGGAGUGGAAUCAUCCCUGACGAGGCGCUUGGCGACCAGAGCAAGGCCUUCGGCAUGUUCGCCGCGCUGAAUCUGGUAUUGAACAGAUAUAACGGCACGUUCCCGGUGACGUUCUUGGAGACUGGCCUGCAGUGGGAUGCGCCGAACGCCUGGCCGCCGCAUCAGUACAUCGCACUCGAGGCCCUGCGUAAUCUCCCGUCGAACCUCACGUCCAACUCACUCCCUUCCCCGUCCUCGGGUCAGUCUACUUUCAGUUUGAUUCCCUCCGGGCAGUUAGGGUUGGAGGAGUCAGAACUGCCCGGGCAGCCUAUUCUUGGAUCUAGCAGCAACGCGACCAAGACAGGAUCGAAGGCGGACAUCAAUACGCUGAGCGGGACUAUUGUGAACGGUGGUAACGCUACUGAAGGCGAAGGAUGGGCAGCUGCUCUCCAGAGGGAGUUGGCGAACAGGUACUUUGCCGGUGCGCUCUGUAGCUGGUAUGCGACAGGAGGCUCCAUUCCCGGGAUUCUACCGAGAUUAUCGGAGCAGGAGCUCAACAUCACCCAGAGUGUGAAUAACACCGGAAAUAUGUUCGAGAAGUUUUCUAACAACAACAUCGACUCCGCCGGUUCUGGUGGGGAAUAUACCGUACAGGCUGGUUUCGGAUGGACGAAUGGUGUGGUACUCUGGAUCGCGAGUAAUUACGGCAAGGUCCUCGUUGCACCGCAGUGCCCGAGCCUCUUAGCUGAACAGAAUACCAAGUCUGGGGCGAAGAGUGGUGCUGUUAUGGUUCGACCUGUGCCGGGUGCUAUUGUUGUUGCUUUGGUGUCACUCGUCAUGCGUGUUUUGUUGUAGGGUCAAAAUGUGCACAUUAAUCUGACUGUGAGAUGGACAUCGGUUACG